AUGGUUUUAGUUCAAGAUUUGCUGCACCCAACCCCAGCCUCUGAGGCCAGAAAGCACAAGUUAAAGACCCUCGUUCAGGGCCCAAGAUCCUACUUCUUGGAUGUCAAGUGCCCCGGCUGUUUGAACAUCACUACUGUGUUCUCCCACGCCCAAACUGCGGUCACUUGCGAGUCUUGUGCCACUGUUUUGUGCACCCCAACCGGUGGUAAGGCCAAGUUGUCUGAAGGUACCUCUUUCAGAAGAAAGUAA